ACGGGGGUCUUUCAACCUCUCUACUCACUUUAGGAGUAGAGGCUAGAAGCUCAUUUUGCUCUUCUCCUGGUUUGUUUCCACCAUCUCCACCUCUCCCUCCCCCAAAAUUACCAUCCUCAUAUUUUAAGUUCUUCUUUUGCCGUCUUUCUUUCUUUUAUUUUUGAGGGGUGGGGUGAGGAGAGAUUAUGUUUCAGAUGGGCUCUUAUCCAGGAACCUUGCUCCUUGCAUCCCUCUUCCACUUCAGCCAUCCUUGGUCAGUGAAUAAUUUCCUGAUGACUGGUCCCAAGGCAUAUCUAAUCUACUCCAGCAGUGUUGCUGCUGGUGCACAGAGCGGUAUCGAGGAGUGCAAAUUCCAGUUUGCCUGGGAUCGUUGGAACUGCCCGGAGAGAGCCUUGCAACUCUCUAGCCAUGGAGGUCUGCGUAGUGCAAACCGAGAAACAGCCUUUGUCCAUGCUAUCAGCUCUGCUGGAGUCAUGUACACACUGACACGCAACUGCAGCCUUGGAGACUUUGACAACUGUGGAUGUGAUGAUUCCCUCAAUGGACAGCUUGGAGGACAAGGAUGGCUGUGGGGAGGCUGCAGUGACAAUGUGGGCUUUGGGGAAGCCAUUUCAAAGCAGUUUGUGGAUGCACUUGAGACCGGGCAGGAUGCCAGAGCAGCGAUGAACCUGCAUAACAAUGAGGCUGGCAGAAAGGCUGUGAAAGGGACAAUGAAGAGGACUUGCAAAUGCCACGGAGUAUCUGGCAGCUGCACCACCCAGACCUGCUGGCUGCAACUGCCUGAGUUUCGAGAAGUGGGGACGUACCUGAAGGAGAAGUACCACAAAGGACUGAAGGUCGACCUGCUGCAAGGGGCAGGGAACAGCGCUGCCAGCCGGGGGGCGAUAGCAGAAACCUUCAGCUCCAUCUCCAAAAAGGAGCUGGUUCACCUUGAAGACUCGCCUGACUACUGCCUGGAGAAUAAGACUUUGGGUCUGCUGGGGACCGAGGGCAGGGAGUGCCUGAAGAGGGGCAAGGCCCUGAGCAAGUGGGAGAAACGUAGCUGCCAGCGCUUGUGUGGGGACUGUGGGCUAGCCGUCGAGGAACAGCGCGCUGAAAUGGUGUCCAGCUGCAACUGCAAAUUCCACUGGUGUUGUGCUGUUCGCUGUGAGCAGUGUCGCAAGCGUGUCACCAAAUAUUACUGUGUGCACAAGGAGAAGCGGGAACGCAGUGGGAGCAGUACAGCUUCCCGCAAACUCAAAAGGAAGCAGCCGUAAUACCCUUGUCAACCUCUAACAACCUUCUGUCACCACUUAGCACACAUCUCUCCAGUUUUGAUUUAUUUUCCACAUAUGUAGGGAAGUCCUGUUUGCAUAGUGUUUAGUCCUGCUUUGGGGUCCUUACAUGUUUCAGCAAAGAUGAAGCCACCCUUAAAGCUAUAGGAUUAUGGAUUUUGUUUUAAUUCCAGGAAUUUUCUCUCCCAAGCAACGAAACAGGCACUCGUUUUAGGGGACAGAGGCCAUCCUACCCUUAAAAACCUCCAUCCAUUUUAGGGAUCAUCAUCAGCUUAUCAGGAUUUGAGUUUAUUCACCCAAGUAAGGGAAAACAAGGUUCUGAGGAAACUACUCUACUUCUGCAGCUCUUACUUAUAUAGGCAAGGAUUCCUGGAAUGCUCCAUCUGUGCAACCCUUCCUGCUUUCUCAAAGUUAGCCUCUUUUAGCGUGCUUACCAUUAGACCUGAACUCUUUAUACCAUUGCAUAGCUGAGAUCCGAGUCAUACUUCUGUUCACAGAACCAAUGCAGGCAAGAGCCCCCUCCCUUUUAAAGCAGUUCUCCCCCAUCUUAUCCCCAUUUCAGAAUUCCAUAUACCCAGUACUGCAGUGGCAGAUUUCGAAGUAUAGGUGCCCCAUAACCAGGCUCGCCAGCAAAGAGAGUUCCAAAACACAGGGAGCAAGCUCGAUCUGUAUUAACAUAUGAAUUCUAACUGGCUUUCUUUCUACCAGGAAUAGGUCUUUUGCAAAGAUAAUGGUGGAAAUCCUGUUGUGUCAUUACACUGGCGGAAGGGAAAUGGUGUAGCUUGUGGUGACAGACUGCUGUUAAUUAAUAAUUCCUGGUUGUGUGUCAAACCACUCAAAUGACAUACUAUGAGGUACCUAAGUGGAAACUCAUUGAUUAGUAGCAAUUUGCCAUUUACCCCUUUCCCUUCUACUGGCACAACUGUGAAAUAGGAUUUUGGCCAAUGGCUCCUAAAUGCCAUUUUAAAUCUAACCACUCUUAAAUGUUUUGCAUUAGAACAAGGAUAGGUUUCAACAGUACACUAUUCCUUGAUUUCUCUCUUAGGUUCUGUAAAGGCUGCAGCUAAAUUCAGAGGCAUUGCAGCAGUGGAAGAUGCUAUCAUAGUUCUUGCUAGUGAGAAAGUCUUAGGUCAUUGACCCUAUGAACCUGGUUCCACUACACCAUUAAAUAUAUCUGUUUAUUGUGAAAGGAAAUCAUGGAUUGAAGCAAGGUAAGUAUGUUUAGUUACCUUAAAGAAUAGAGACAAAAAUAGCCAUGCUGAUCUAUGAAAAGCAGGGGAAACCCCAAAUCGACAACUGUGAAGUAUUUUUAUUAGAACCAACUAAGUAACAUACCGUGUUUCCCCAAAAAUAAGACAGGGUCUUUUAUUAAUUUUUG